AUGUGGGACUCCAAGCUCUGCCUUUCCGUUCUCCUUAUCACGAUUACCUCAAGUUUAAACCAGAGGUACAAACCCUACCACAAAUAUGAAUACCUGUACAAAGCGGAGUCCUUGAAUGCUAUCAAUGGUGCAUCACAUCUCAAGAAUGGACCUAUGGCCACUUGCAAGGUUGAAAUCGAAGUUCCUCAGACUUGUAGUUUCACUGUCUGUGACCACUACAGCUUGAGUGAAGUGGUUAACAUGGAUGUAGAGGGAAACCCUGUGUUCAGUCCCACGUCCAGCUCCCACAACUUUGCUGCUGAAAUGGAGAGAUAUCCUCUGAAGGUUGUGGUUGAGGGUGUAUAUGAUGUGAGAGUUUACCCUGAAGAUGGUGAGACAACAACCAUUCUGAAUGUCAAGAGAGGCAUUAUCUCUGCCCUGGCUGUUCCUCUGGUAGAAGAAGACAAGAACAAGAACAUGCCCACUAUCCACGGCAUGUGCAAGACCCAUUCCUCCAUCACCUCUACAGAGGACAGCACAACUGGCAUAAGCCUCACCAGGGAUCUGUCCACAUGUGACAAAUUUGUCCCAAUGAGAGAUCACACCAGUCCUCUGGCACUUAUCUCUGGCAUGCACUACCCUCGCCAGUUGGUCAGAAGCUCCCAGACAUGUAAUUACAACUUUGACAAUGAGAAGAAACACAUGACCUCUGGGUCCUGCACUGAGAACCACAUCCUCAUUCCCUUCUCACACAAGGGAGAAUACGGAGUUACCAACGUUGGAAAGCAAGAACUGACUCUGGUUCAGGUUUCUCCUCACAAUGACAGAGUUUUCGACCACAGUGGCAUCGUCAAGGGUCUUCACAUGGAAGCUGUCCAGGACAAGAGUGCUGUCCAGGAUAAAGAUGCAGGUCUGAACCUCCUGAGAGAACUGGCCAAUCUGCCCGGUAAUGGUGAGAGAUACCACCUCUCUUGCAAGCUUGCUACCAUGGUCCGUGGAAUGGGAAGGCUUACACUGAGUCCCGCCAUUCCAGAGGCUCUUGAAGUGUCCCGUGUCCUGACCUACCAGGUUCUGGCCCAGUGUGGAACCCCUGAGUGCAGCAGUGCCAUCAUGCAGAUCCUCAGGACCUUCGACAGCUCUGCAGUCGAGGUUGAUGCUGCUGUGUUUGCUCUGGGACUCGUGUCCAAUCCCUCUGCCCUCCUGAUCAAUGACAUGCUCGAGAUGGCCAAAUACAAGACCAGCAAGCCCAUCCUGUAUGCCCUGAGCAAUAUCGUCAAGAGGUUCUACAAGGCUGAAGGAAAACUGACCCCUGAGAUUUACUCUGUGGCUGAAUUCAUGGCUUCUCAGUUGGGCGACUGCUCCGGUGACCAGGAGACCACUUUCCUGCGAUUAUAGGUUCUUGGAAACAUGGCUCCAGCCAUGUCCCCUGCUAGUCCUGCACUGAGAGCCGCUGUGAUGCAGUGUGUGAACAAACCUGAGGCUUCUCUGGCUGUGCAGCAGGCUGCCAUCCAAGUGUUCAGGCUGAUUCCCGUCCCAGAGGAGGGUAGAGAGAUUCUCAUGCAGGUGCUUCUGGACGGUACCAGCCCCUUGCAAAAGCGUCUGGCUGCGUAUCUGGUACUUAUGAAGAACCCUCUCACUUCCAGUGGGAAUUGGCUCAGCUUGUGUGAUGCCCUGCCCAUUGAACAAGACUAACAAGCCAAGAGUUUGCCAUUCUCAUCACUAACAUUUCUGGCCUAACUGAUCCUGAGUGUGACCCAGAGAGGACUGAGACAGAAGAUCCGUCAUGCCCUGCAGGGUAAUGAGCUUGGAGCCACUAUGGACCCCACCAAGUUCUCUCGCAACUACAAGAUGGGAUCUGCAGAGGGAAACAUGAUCUUUGAGGGUACCAGCUAUCUGCCCAAGGAAGUCAUGCUUGAGAUGACUCUCAAGGUUGGCUAUGAUAUGGACAUGAUUGAGUUUGGUAUGGAGGGCAAAGGAUUUGAGCCAACAGUUGAAGCCCUGUUUGGACAGAAUGGAUUCUUCCCUGACACUGCCAUGAAGACAAUGUUCUUUGUAUCUGAAAACAUGCCAUUGAAAGUCAGUGAGAUGAUGCAGACCAUAAUGCCUGCCCUGAAGAAGGACAGGAUGAAGAGACAGGCCACCCAGGACUUUGUGAGACAGAUCGGAAGCAACCUGAACAAACUGGUGGGUGAACUGAAGACUGCUGAGUCUCCUGAGGCCAUGGUUUACAUGAGACUUCUGGGAAAUGAGCUGGGAUAUCUGAAGACCAAGGAAAUAGAGGAGAUGGCCUACUCUGCUACAAUGAUGAUCGACAGCAUGUUGAGGAUGUUCCCUGGUGAUCUAAUGAAGGCGUUGAUGACCAAGACUGACAAUACAAUCUUUGCCCACUACAUCUUCAUGGACAAUGAAUUCUUCCUGCCCACUUAACUUCAGAAAGCCUUGAUGGUAGUAAUUGUCUGUACCUUUCACUUGGCAUUGGAUGGUGGACUUCAGAUUGCUCGUGAUAUGAGUGAAGUUGCAUUCAUGCCCUCUGCUGGCAUUGAGUUUGUAACCUGUGGGUUGGAUCCUACAUCCCUUGAAUAUGUCGACCUGGGAUUAGAGAUGGCUACUCAACAUCUUCACUUAGAAGUGACUUGUAGUGCCAAGAUCUCCAUGGGACAUGAAUCAGUCAAGCUGACCAUCCCUGCACCAGUGAAUCCUACAAAGCUCUUCAAAAUGAUUUGGGUUUAUGCAGAUAUUGAUCGAUCAGAGGUAUGAUGACCAUCUCAAACAGUGAUGGACAAGGUUGAUGUGAGUGAGUGCACUCCUUUCUUCGCUGGAAUGAAAUACUGCACCGCUCUGCAGUACACUGAUGCUUCCUCUCAAGAGACAACCCCCUACUUCCCCUUCACUGGAGACAGCAAAUUUGCUGUGGAGCUCCACUUAUCCAUGGUCACUGAGUACAUAGCCACUGUUGCUCACAGCCACAGGGAGGGAGAAGAGGCAGGCAGAAGGUCGACUGUGAAGCCUACUGUGAGAGCUAACAAGUUGCAGCCGUAGCACGCCAGCUACAACAGAAGGAGAAAUGUCGUCACAGCUGACUUACAGAUCCCCGACUACGAUGUAGAGGCUGGACUCAGGCUGGGUGUUGUUGAUGGAAACACCAAGGGCAAAGGAACUCAUUCAAUCUCUGACUUGGCUGUCAGCAACAUCCUCAGUUUCCCUGGUUGGCUGCAAGUGAAGUACGCAAAAAAAGUCCAGCUUCUUGUCCCCUCACUCAAUGCUGAUGCCACUGUCACAGCUAACAUAAGGCAGUAGCAUCUUGAGCCGGAGCUUGAGAGUGAAGUCAAAGUAAUAGCUGCCUCUAAGCAGAAGGCCCAGAUGAAAUAUGACCACCGCGCGCGGGGCCGACACGCCGGCAUGGCUGGCAACCAGCCGCCCGACGCAGCGUGGCAGGCAGACAUGAAUGUCCGUCACAUCUUCCAGAAGUUUGGCGAGGCUGCGAACAACUACAUGGACAAAUAUGGUGCUGACCUCCCUUACAUUCAGAAUGUCAGAGUACCUGAUAUGCCUGCGAUUUCUCUGCCAGAGACAUUGUUCCUGAAUACUGAGGCUAAGGCUUCGUACUACUUCAACAAUGAGCACUUCACCGUCACUAUCCCUCUUCCUCUCGGAGGAAAGACCACAGAGGAGCUUCACUUCCCAGCAGCUCUGACCACACCUAGCCUGUCUCUACCUCAGUUCGCCGAGAUUGUCUCCAUGGAGAUUCCAAUCCCAGACCUUGUUGUGCCCAAGCGUCUUGCUCUGUCUAUUCCUCUUUUUGGCAAAAGCUGGAAGUUUCGGUUCCUGAUGAAGAGUAACUAUGAUGCAGAGGCUCGCAAUUUUCACAGCAAAGACAUGGAAACACCGGGCUACCAGCUAAGCUUGACGAAAGGAACAUCCCCAAUUGACGUCCUGUCAAUAAAGAUUGAAGGCUUGUGGAAAUGGAUGACCACUGAUUCCAUUAACGCUCAACUGAAAAGCUCUUUGGUCCAUAAAUUCCUUGAAGCCAGUGUUAGCAUAACUGAAGAUGCAACCUUCACUGACAAAAUCAAUUUGAAAUCAAGCAGCAAGAUUGAAGCCACAAGUCCAUUUGGUCUCAAUGUUGCACUAGAGCACACAGGCAUGACUGGAUUCAACACUGAAGAAAUCUCUGCUGAUAACAAGUUUGAUGUAAUCUUCAAGGCUGGACCCAUGUAUGGCAAAACCAUCUCCACCCAGUCAUUCACCAUCUUCCCAUUCAGGGCGGUGAAGCAAAGCUGAUCUCACCAUCCAGGGAUUGACUCUACAGUUAUCAAUGCUCAGAACACAAUUGCAGCAUCCCUUGCCAAUGGUGAAUUCUCACUUGUGUCUAACACCAAUGCCUUUGAAAACCUCUUGACACAUGUUGGUGAGCUUUCCUUCAAAGAAAGCAAGCUGUCAUUGAAAGGUGAUGCCAUUGUCCUUGCUCUUGGCAUGAAGAUCCGCAACCAGGCUGAAGCCCUCAUUGGUGGUGUGAAGUCAUUGGCCAGGUUUGAGACAAAUGCCGACUGUAAUAAAAACCGUGUUCACUCUCUGCUGACUGCCACUCUUGAUGUCAAUGGUCUGGCUGUAAACAGCAUGCUAUUACUGAAACUUCUAGAGAAUGAGAGGUGUCAUUCACAAGGCUGUUCUAAGGUAAAUAAGGAUUUCUGUUUGACUAUUAUGAAUAAACACCCGGCAGAGCCCUGGUUCCUAGAAAACACCUUCAAUGCUGAGCUUGAUGCUUCCAGAGCUACUUUAUCUAUUAACAACAAGGCUGCAAUGAGUGAUAUCAAGGUUGACAAUGCAAACACUCUCGUAAUUAGUCUUUCUAGCCUAGACUUCAACUCCAAGGCUGAAGCCACAGCAAGCGAGUAUGCCUCUUACACUCAUGAUAUCCUCAUCAACAUGAAACCCUACACCGCUUCAGCAAAUGUUAAUAACAACCUGAGACUUCUGGCUGCCAACUUCAUUAAUGAGGCUCAGCUGCAGGCAGAGUUGUACAAGAUGGACCUGACCGGAAGCCUGAAAGCCAUCUAUGGUGAGGAAGAGAUCAAGCACAUCUAUCAGGUGAAUUAUGCUGAUAUGAUCACAAUGCAAAAGUGUAAAUCAAAUGGAAAACUUUGGAAACCUAUACGAAUCCAGAACACUGAGCUGGAAGUUGCUGGUCUUAAGGCCAGGCUCAACGAUGCCUGUUUAACUCAAGUAGCCAAUGCGCUCGAUCACACCAUCCGCUGCAGCGUUGUCUUUGAUUUCAACCUUGAUGCUGUCGUCAACGCUGAUGGAGACAUCAAGCAUGGUGCCACAAGUGCCCAGCCUCUAUGGCCCUGAGUUCAACUCUGGCUUUUGCUUAGCCCACAGUGCAGAUAAUCUUAACUCCAGCAGUUAGAUACUGGCUUUUCCCUUGAGACCACAUUUGACAACAAAAUACACUGUUCUGUCACCCAAGAGCAGAAGAUAGUUUUAGAAAUGAAAUCUAAAUGAAUGAGCAAGGUCUUCAAUCAGGAUAUGAGUGUGUACAAUACUCCUGAGAGAACUGGAAUUCAGUUCUGCACCAUCCUCACAAACAUCAUCAACAUAGAUUCUGCAGACAACCAGGAAUUCACCGUUGCUGGCUUCCUCAAGUACGACAAGAACACAGACUGUCAUAUCAUUCAGAUCCCUCUUUUUAACAAUCUCCCUGCCCUCUUGGAAAGUAUGAAAGGCUUCGUCGUGUAUGUUGCUGAGACACUGCAAGACUGCAUCAACAACGAGGAGAUAAAGGCUAAACUUGAGGCUCUUCCCCAGCAUGUAAAAUUUAUGCAAAUCUUCGAGGAUUCUAUCAACUAUUUAAAAUCAACUGAGAUUCAGGAUGUAGUUAUCCAGUUAAAAGACUACCUCCUUAUUAUUGAGGAGAACCUGAAGUCAUUUGAUUAUAAUGACUUUGUGGAUUAUGUCAAUCAAAUUAUUGCCAAGUACACAUCUCAUGUGAACGAUCUGCUCAGGUCUCUUGAAAUCCCCCAGAAGCUUGAGGCAACUACAGAUCUAGCCAAUUUUGUCUUAUCGUCUCUUAGAGGCUCCGUGGAACAACUGAGAGAAAUUAAUAUUUCAGAAAGUGUGAAAGCUGUUCGAGAUGUCAUUGACCAGGUUGUUCUUGAUAAUCUGAAAGUUUUUGCAGAAGUUAUAAAACAGAGAAUUUCAAACCUGGAUGUCAAUGCUGAAAUUGCUUCUUAUCUGCAGUUGGCAAGUAAGAGUUAUACUGACCUCCUAAUCUUUGCCACUGAGACGUUCACCAAUAUGGUUGAGAUCUUUAAGAGGCUGGCACCUGACCAAAAGAUUGUCAGCGAGCUUUUGCAAAUCAUUGAUGGGCUCAUUACAGAACUGAAGAAAGCCCAGCUAAACAUAGCAUCCUUCAGAAUUCCUCUCACUGAUCUUGUCGUGCCUUCCAAGACAUUCACCAUGAGUGAUCUUCACCAGUUUGAAAUACCAACAGAGCUGAACAUCCCAGAGUUCACCAUCUUGGGGUUGCAUACCGUGCAAGCGACAACCAUCUCAAUGAAUGACAUAAAACAGAGGCUCAUUGCCUUGAUCGAUUUCAUCCUGAAUUUUGAGAUGACAAUGUUUGAUGUUGAUGCUUUAAUUGGAGACCUGAAUAUGAACUACCUUCCUUCCAUUCCUGAAUAUUCACUCCCUGUGAUCACUUUACCCGAGUUCUCAUUUCCUCUUCUGCCUGUUUUUCCGGCAGACAAACUUAUCAAAACUCUCCAAUUCCCGACAAGUAAGCUGCCAUUAAUUCCCAGUGACAUCACAAUUCCAGGCUUUGGUAAACUAAGUUUUGAGAUUAAAGUGAAUACCCCCAUCUACUCCAUUAGGAAUGCUGCUGAGGUUCAAACCUCUCUUGACAUAAAUGAGACUCCUCAGCUUACAGCCUUUGCGACUUCCCAAGGGACAUCACUCAGUCUUGAAAUCCUUAACUUCAACCUGGAUUCCACUGCUCGCAUUGUUGUUCCCAAGGAUCAGCUGAUUGCUGCUGAGACCCUUAAAUUCACUCAUGCUUUUCUUGCAGUGGACCAUCAUGCAUCUGUAACAUUUUCUGACUCCUCAGCCCAGGCGUCAGCCAAAACCACAGUAAAGGCCACAACAGCACAUUACAAUGCUGAGCUUUUAAAUGAAGCUUACUUAGCCACCAAGGGUGGUUUAUCAGCCAGUACUGACACAUCCUAUAAACAUGUUCUCAGCCUCCCUCUCAUCGACCUCACGAGUGAGACAUCUGUUACACAAAAAUGUGUGGCCCGUCAGGAAGGCACAUCAGUGACAAUAACUGUUGGAAACCAGGGCACUACCACCUUGAACUCUCACGACAACACUCAUAAGAGUGACGUGGAAGUCACAAUCAAUCCAAGUACGUUCAUGCUCACCUUAAGUAGUGACACAGAUACAUUCCUUCUGAAGAUGAAACAGACCAUGAAUGUUGACUUUCUCAUAUUCAGCUAUUUCAAGUCUGAUUUUCGUUCUGAAGUAGAAGGCUCCACGAUAAAAAACAGCAUUUUGGUGGGAUCAGUAAAUGCCAAUCUUCAUGACAUGAAACUUGAACUGAAGGCUACUCAGACUACAGAUCUAACUGGUUUUGUCAGUGGAUCCUUCAACAAUGUGAUUGAUGUUGUUGUUGGUACCAGGGAGGUUGUGUUUAUCUUUCAGAAUAACGGAAACACGCAGCUCAGUUUAAAUGAUGCACUUACUGCCAAGAUCGAUCUGCAGAAUGAUUACUCAGCAACCUUCAGGCCUGACAAACAACAUAUGAACACUGUGGCUCUGGCCCGUCUUAAUCAGCACAAAUUAUUCUGGAACUUCUCUAUGGAGAACAAUGAGAGGGAGUUUGUCGUUCUUACUGCUGUAAAAGGGGAAGCAGACAUUGCUUUUCUGACUAAGCCCCUCAGUAUUCCUGAGAUUGAUAUUCCAUUUGUUGACUUCCAUACCCCAGCGAUUAGCGAUCUUGACUUGUAUGAACAAACUGGACUGAAAAACAUUCUAACUACCACUGAGCAGACUAUUGAUUUCAACGCCAAGAUUGUUUACCAAAGAAGCCAAGUAGGCCCCUUGGUCGAUAUGAUGGGUCUAAUCUACAUUCCCUCAGUGGGUAACUUGAUCACAGAACUGUCCUUCAAGUCUGACAUUAUCAAUCUGAAUGCCAAUGCUGGAUUUUAUGCUGACGAUGACUUUGUCUUCCGUCUGGGAGCUACCACAGUCUCUGAGUUUGAGGUUCUAAAAGCCAAACUUGAUGGCACCACCAGUCUGACCACCAAGACAGGACUCAAGUUGGCCAACUCCCUGUCCCUUGAACAUCAUCACAUUGAAGGCACUCAUGACAGCUCCAUCACUGUGAGCACUGAAACUUUUGAACCUGCCGUCUCUGUGGCUACUAUUGCAAAGAUUUCCCUGCCCAUUCUCCAUCUGGAGGCAAACCAAAAUCUGGUUGCAGACACCAAAACCAAAGCAAAUGCUGUCUCCACCUUGAGGGUGAAGGCUGAUUUCAACAUCCCCACAAUCAAGGCUGUUGGAAAGGCAGAGGUUGACCACAGUCUGAAGCUGGAAGGAGCUUUUGAGUACAUCUCCAUGGAGUCAUCCACCAGAGCAAACAUGGAUGGAACAGUGCUUGAGGAUAUUCUACUUGUGGGAAUCCUUGAUAAUGAGUUCAAUCUGUACCUGAAUAGUGAUGGCCUUCGCUCCACCUCCAAGAUUAUUGCUGAUGCCAAACUUAACUAUGGCACCGACAAACUCUUUGGCCUGGAUGUAAAUGAAAAUCUUGCCGUUGAAGCCUCCCUGAGCCGAGUGUAUGCAGUGCUGAAGUAUACUAGCAACAAUGAGGCAAACCUGUUCAGUUUCAACACCAAUGGGAAGCACGUUGCCCAGGCAACCAUUGACUUUGCGCCAGGGUCUUCCUUGAUUGCCGAUAUUGAGAUCGAUAUCUCUCAGCCCAGCAGUCUGGGUGAGCUGACCAUCUUUGAGAAAACUGUUGCUGAAGUAACAGCUGACAAGCAGAAGAUCUCUACCAACACCAAGUUCAUCAGCCCCUUGUACAGCACAAACCUGGCAGCAGAAGUCGAGGGCAAUGCUCCUGUCUUCAAAAUCACCUUUAAGUCCUCUGCCACCUCUGUGAUUGUCUUCUUGGAAUACGACCUGGAUUCUUCCAUUACCUUAACCUUUGAAAAUGCUGGCCUAAUUCUGAAUGGAAAGUGUGUUUUCAUCCAUACCGACCUGACAGUGAACCUUCAAAAUGGUUUUUCCCAGACACUGAGUGACUCCCAUUUCAUACUGGAUGUGGACAUUACCAGCGCUGCCUUCACUGAUGUGAACUUGCGCUUUGCUGUUCUCAAAGAUGGGACCAGUGCCACAAUUUCUAUUCCAUCUACAGGCCUCUUGGGUCUUAUGUUCCAUGGCAGAGUCCCGUCCCAGAUGAAUGCCAGGUUUUAUGGUCGCUAUGCUUCUGAUCCUGGGAACGACGUUGAACUUCUCACCAUCAGAGCUUCAAUCAAGGAUGCUGAAAAAAUGAAUCUUAAGCUGUCCCUCAACAUGGAUGCCCCAGACAUUAUGCUGAGGGGUCUGCAGGAAAAACUUCCCGCCAUCACUUCUUGUUUGUCUAACUUUGCUGAGAAAUACCAGCUGUUCAGUCAUGCUGCUCAGUUGAAGAAUAAUAUUAUUUACUACACUGAGGAAGCCCACAACAUUGCAAGCCACACCCCACAUAUGAGCCAGGUGUCUAUUCUCUUUAGGAACACUGUUGCUCAGUACCAGAAGACCAUACAGAUGUUCUUGGACGCAACCAUCAGGUUCUUGAGAGAGACCCGAGUCAAACUGCCUGGGUCGGACAGGGUAACCACUGUCAUUGAAGUGCUCAACAACCUGAAUGACAAAAUUACUUCUAUGCUAGAGAGGGCGAUGCACCGUGUUGCUGUUAAUGCAGAAUACGCUUCUGAUGUCAUGAUUGGCAUGGUCAGUAAAAUUCAGGUCACUAUGCCCGUUCGGGAUGUCAUGGCUGGAGCCAAAAUACUUGAGCAGAUGAGGGACAGAAUGAAGACGAUGUCUAAUCCUAUUCUGGAUCUUUUGAAGCACCUACAGAAUGUAGACAUUGUCCUGGAAAAACUGGGAGACACCCUAAAAGAUGUUGUGGUCAAAGCUCAGGACUUUGUUGACAACAGCCUAACGUCGGACGGCCUUGAUUCCAUUGCUGUCUACAUUAAUGCUCUCUAUGAGAAAUACGUGACAUUAAUGAAAACUAUCACCCAGUACGCGAACACAGCUGUGAACACCGAGUCUAUAAAAAGCAUGGUUGAUUACUUUCUGGAUAUUUUAAUAUCUGAAGUGAAUCAGUUUAAAUCCACUGUUACUGAUUAUCUUCAGGAUGCUCCCGCUCAGUACAAGAUGUACGUAAAAGUUAAGGGUUCAAGGCUUAUGAUUAAUCUUUGA